GCCCGAGCACGCUGGCGAUUUUCCCCCUCCACUUACGCACACAGAGACGCUCCUAUCCGUGAUCCUACGCGCGCUUGCGCAGGCACAUUUGAUCUGAAAUUAUUACGCUCCUAACCUAUAUCGGUUCUCCGCUGAACGGCUGGAUCGAUUGAAAAAGGAAGGAAUCUGUGCGAUCUCGUAAUGGAUGUCGUCAAGUCCAUCUUAGAAAAUGAUUCCAAAAAAAGGAUUCGUAAGUCUACGGAAGUACACAAGGAUGUAGAGCUCGACAUCGAUCUGGGAACUCUACUUGCGUCCGAUUAUAACACUUUGGAUGCAAAAGCUCUCAGAGAAUCAAAGGAUUCAUAUUUGAAAAGUCUUACGAGAGAUAACGUACAGUUGCUGAUUAAUAAAAUCUGGGAACUGCCAGUAGAACGAGUUGACGAAGUUAUAGUGGCAACGUUGCCCAAACCUACUUAUGUAUUGCCACGCUCACGUGCCAUUCCGAAACCUAAACCUUUGACAAAAUGGGAAAAAUUUGCUAAAGAAAAAGGAAUUCGAACUAAGAAAAAAAAUAAACUUAAAUGGGAUGAAGAAUUAAAGAAAUGGAUCCCAACGUAUGGUUAUAAACGAGCGAAAGCUGAGAAGGAGAAGACAUGGUUGAUAGAGGCUAAAGAAGGUGAUGAUGUGAAUAAGAAUUCGUUCACUGAAGCUAAGACAGAAAAGAAAGAGAGACAAUCGAAAAAUGAAUUGAAAAGGCUUCAUAAUAUAGCCAAAUCAAACAAUAUAAAAUUACCAAAACUUGGUGUGCUUACCACACAAAAUUUUACAAGUUCUCAAAACCUAUCUGAAGCACUUACUAUAGCACGUGUAUCAACUGCAUCAGUUGGAAAAUUCCAGUCUAAAUUACCAAAAGAGAAGGAUGCAAAGGGGAUCGCAAAGGAGGUUCCAGGAAUGAAGAAAAAGAGAAAAGCACCUCCUUUAAAUGUUGUCGAAGAGAAACGUGCGAAUAAAGGUUUAGUGGAUAAAAUCUUGACGAGUAAUACAAAAAUUCUGCGCGAUGAUUACCCAACGAUUACUGCAAAACGGAAGCAAUCUGUAGCAGGUGACAAUAAAAAGAAGAAAGCUAGCGGAAAACAUAAGAAAGGUACACGCGGUAGAAAGUCAAAGACAAUGAGAAAAGAGCGCAAUAAAAUGUUCCACAAAAAAUUUGCUGGUAACAAACGAAAAUAAAUCGAGAUAUUUGUAAUAAUAUUUAUAAUAAUAAAGCGUCUCUUUUAUGU